UCUGACAGCAAAAAUACGUCUGUCGCUGCGGAGCCAAACUCUCCGGACCUCGUGUUUGCCGUUUAAUUUUUCAGUCCGAAUGGUGUAGAAGUAGAAAAUACAUCAAUAUGGUGAGCAUUUGGGAGCGUCUCUCUUCGGCACCGAAACUCCGGGUGCCACUUUUCGCCUUUCUGCUCCUUUUUGUUGUCUCCCUCGGUGAAGGCAGGCUGCGCCGGACACGAAGCGUCAGCAGCUCGACGGAGGAAACGGUUGAAACUUACAACAAAUACUACAGUUAUGCUAACCUAACCGGACGUUUACAGUCUUUAGCCCAGAAAUACCCUCACAUAGCUAACCUGUCGAGCAUAGGUCAGUCUGUGGAGGGCAGGGAGCUCUGGGUGAUGCGGAUCACCAAGGACCCCAACACUGACACACCAGGGAAACCCAAAUUUAAAUACGUGGGGAACAUGCACGGAGACGAAACCGUGUCCAGGCAGGUACUGGUGUACCUUGUGGAGUACCUGCUGACUAAAUAUGGGGAGGAACCGCGUAUUACUGAGCUGGUGAACACCACGGAUAUUUACAUCAUGCCCAGCAUGAACCCGGACGGCUUUGAGAAGUCCAGAGAGGGGGACUGCGGUGGAGACAACGGGGGUCGAAAUAAUGCCCGAAAUGCUGACCUCAACAGGAGCUUUCCUGACCAGUAUGAUGGGACACAUGUCAACCAAGAUGAUGUCCCAGAGGUCAUGGCUAUGAUCAGAUGGAUCCAGGAGAAAAAAUUCGUGCUGUCGGGGAACCUGCAUGGUGGCACUGUAGUUGCCAGUUACCCUUUUGAUGACUCAGCCUCCCACCAGCAGCAGGGCCACUACAGCCAGGCAGAGGAUGACAGCCUGUUUCGCUACCUGGCCCUGGUGUAUUCCCAGAACCACCCUGUGAUGAAGACCGGUGAGCCCAACUGUCCCGACGCCCUGGAUGAAACUUUUAAAGAUGGCAUCACCAAUGGGGCGCAGUGGUAUGAUGUGCCUGGAGGCAUGCAGGACUACAACUACCUUUAUGGGAACUGUCUGGAAAUCACCAUGGAGCUGAGCUGCUGCAAAUAUCCUCCUGCUUCUGAGUUAAACAAGGAAUGGAAUCUGAAUAGGGAAUCCCUACUGGCCUACAUAGAGAAGGUCCAUAUAGGUGUCCGUGGCUAUGUGAAAGAGGCCACCAAUGGCACUGCCCUCACCAAUGUCAGCAUUGUGGUGGCAGGCAUUCGCCACAACCUGACCACAGGAAAAUAUGGGGACUACUACCGCCUUCUAAUUCCAGGAACGUACAACAUCACAGCUGUUGCCCUGGGCUACACACCAAUGACGGUCCACAGUGUCCAGGUGAUAGAGGGCAAAGCCACAGAACUGAACUUUACCUUGGCUCCUGUGGUCAAUGAGGCUGCAGGUGGCAUCACUGUGACUACAAACUCCAUCCCAGCUACCAAUGACCCAAGCCUCUCCACCACCCCAACUGACUCCUCUGACUCCAUUCAAACCCAGCCGGCUCCUUCAGGGGAAAGUGAGAGCCGGCCUCCUUUACUUCCUCCUGACUACCAGCCCAUCCAGCCUCAGGAAUUUCGUCACCACAACUACGCAGACAUGGAGCUGUUUUUAAGGAAGUGCAGCAGCGCGUUUCCCUCUAUUGCCCAUCUUUACUCUGUUGGCCGCUCUGUGGAAGACCAUGAGCUGUAUGUUAUGGUCAUCUCAGACAACCCCACCAUCCAUGAGCAUGGUGAGCCGGAGUUUAAGUAUAUCGCCAACAUGCAUGGCAAUGAAGUGGUGGGCCGAGAGUUAAUGCUCAACCUCAUUGAGUACCUGUGCCAUAACUAUGGUACUGACCCAGAGGUCACUAAUUUGGUCAACAAUACCCGCAUUCACAUCAUGCCUUCUAUGAACCCUGACGGUUAUGAGGUAGCCAAUGAAGGUGAUGUAAAAGGCUACAAAGGGCGCAACAACAGCAACAAUUUUGACUUGAACCGCAACUUCCCAGACCAGUUUGUUACCAUCACAGAGCCCAGACAGCCAGAGACUAUAGCUGUGAUGAACUGGCUGAAGAGCAUCCCCUUCGUCCUGUCAGCCAACCUCCACGGAGGUUCCCUGGUGGUCAACUACCCCUAUGAUGAUGACAAAGAUGGGACAUCUCACUACAGCCAGUCGCCUGAUGACAAAGUCUUUCAGCAGCUGUCUCGUGCUUACUCACAGGAGAAUCCUUUGAUGCACAAUGGACACCCUUGUGAGGACCUGUACCCCAAUGAAUAUUUUGAGGAUGGCAUCACCAACGGUGCCAACUGGUACAGUGUUCCUGGUGGCAUGCAGGACUGGAACUACUUAAACACAAACUGCUUUGAGGUGACCAUCGAGCUGGGCUGCGUGAAGUACCCCAAGGCCAAGGAGUUGCCAAAAUACUGGGAACAAAACAGACGAGCCUUGCUUCAGUUUAUACACCAGGUUCACCGUGGAGUUAAGGGCACAGUGUCUGACAUUAGGGAUGGCACAGGAAUUCCCAAUGCUACCAUUAGUGUGCAGGAUAUAGACCACAACAUCACCACAGCUCAUACUGGGGACUACUGGAGACUGCUGGCCCCUGGGACAUAUUCCAUCACUGCCUCCGCUCAUGGUUAUGAACCUGUGAGGACCUACGCCACAGUCCCAAAGGAAGGAGCAGAGGUGGUGGACUUCAGACUGACACGUGUACACUCAGAGCCUAGUGGCCAGUCUCCUAAGGGUCCCCCACCCACACAGAACCCAUCUGAGAAGGAGUUCCAGAGCUUAAUCAAGGACCUGUCUCUGGGCCAGGGUUUGGAGCAGCUGGUCAGGAGCACGGCCACAGAGAGCAGCUUCCGCUACAGACGCUACAAAGAGCUGUCUGGUGUUUUAAGAGGACUCACACUUAACUUUCCCAAAAUAACAUCUUUACACAGUUUGGGCCAAAGUGUGGAGUUUCGAACCAUCUGGGCUCUGGAAAUCUCCAAUAAACCAGGGGAAGCUGAACCGUCUGAGCCCAAGAUCCGCUUCGUAGCAGGGAUCCAUGGAAACGCCCCAGUGGGCACAGAGCUGCUGCUGGAGUUUGCUGCCUUCCUCUGUAUCAACUAUGGCAAGAACCCAGCCAUCACCAGACUGAUCAAUGAGACCCGGAUUGUCAUUGUUCCUUCAAUCAACCCAGAUGGACGAGAACAGGCUGUUGAGAAGCAGUGCACAUCCAACCAGGGCAUGACCAAUGCUCGUGGCAAGGAUCUGGACACAGAUUUCUUUGGCAAUGCGUCACAGCGUGUGGUGGAGGCCCAACCAGAGACCAGAGCCAUGAUGGACUUGAUACUGGACAAGGGCUACACUCUGUCUGUAGCCCUCGAUGGAGGCUCCCUCGUGGCUACCUACCCUUAUGACAAGCCUGUCCAGUCUGUUGAAAAUGAGGGCACACUGAAGUACUUGGCAAGUGUUUAUGCCAACAACCACCCCAAGAUGCACCUCGGGGACACUGGAUGUUCAAAUAAUGGGCAAAUGGGCAACAUCCCAGAUGGAGUUAUGAGGGCAGCAGAGAGACAAAGUCACAUGGGGAGCAUGAAGGACUUCAGCAUGGACUUUGGCCACUGUCCAGAGAUCACAGUGUACAGUGGCUGCUGUUUGUUCCCUCCCGCUGAGCAGCUGCCCACGUUCUGGGCCGAGAACAAGAAGCCUCUUCUGAGCAUGCUGGUGGAGGUUCAUAAAGGGGUGCGUGGUGUGGUGAGGGACAAAAGUGGAAAGCCUAUUGUUGGGGCAAUCAUUGUCCUGAACGGGGGAGUGAGGGUCUUUACUGCAGAGGGCGGUUACUUCCAUGCGCUACUGGCUCCUGGUAACCACAACAUUGAAGCUGUUGCGGAUGGUUACCAACAGCAACGUCAAGAGGUGGUGGUGUCUUCCUAUGAAGCUGCAAGCUCCAUUAUCAUUGAGUUUGACAUGGACAACAGCAUCUUUGGCCUGCCCAGAGAGUUUGUGGUGGCCAGUGCAGCGGCCUCCAUGACAGCGCUGGUGGUGACGGCAUGCAUCAUCUGGUGUGUGUGCGCAGCUAAGUCUAAUCGACAAAAAGAUGGCUUCCACCGCUUGCGACAGCAUCGAGAUGAUUAUGAUGACGAGAUCCGGCUCACCUCCAUGGGCUCCAAGAAGUCGCUGCUCGCACAUGAGUUUCAGGACGAGAGUGAAAGCGAUGAGGAGACACUGUACGCCAACAAAAUCUGAGAACCAUUGCACCAGAUUGGCUGUUGGCUCAGUAUUUUAUUUUGAUCUCCCCCUUAAAUUUAACCAACAAGGAACAAGAUAAACUCUAGACAGCAUCUCUGUCUUUCUUUAUGAGGAAGAUAUGAGUGAUAAAGACACUUUGUUCUGUUGUACCAUCAAGCUCUAAGGACUCACUCCCAGUCACUCAGUUGUUAGUGCUACUAAAUUAUUACUUUUAAGAGCAUCCUGCUGGUUUCCAGACUGAAGGGGUGCUUCAUCUCUACCUGACUGGAUCAGGAGAAAAAGACAGAGAAGGUGGUAAAAAAAAGAGGGAGAGAGAAAUAAAGGUUGGGUCAACUAUGACCCUCAUCCGUCCUUUGAUAGCAGGUUUUGAGUUCAACAGCUUUUUCAUUUCCGAGCCAUGCAAGAGUGCCCUUUUAGACCACUACCUGUCCUGCCUGGCUGAGGGAUUCCAGCCCGUAAGUCCAAAUAAACUCUUGUUUCCUGGAUGUGUAAUGAACCCUGGAUGGAAGUGAUUAAUCUCACACAAUCUCCUUGUUGAUAUCGUGCACUUCUUUUACUACCGCUUUGAGCUAGGAAAUUAAAUUUGUGAUUGAUCUGUGUCUUUAUCCAAGACAGCAUUGCCACUUUGAAGCAUCUGAAUCUUCGGGAGACUGAAUCCAACUCUGUGCCUUGGCUUCUGUAAAGUUUACAGUCCGGUCGGGCUAUAGUAUGUGACAGAAAGCAGCAACAUAGUGAACAGAUAUUUGAUCCAUCCUAAACUCAGGUGGUAGGAGAAGUCUGAUUGAAUGACUGCUGAAUUCCAGUGUUGCACUGUUUCUGCACAGGUGACUCUAGGCUGGCCGGCCUGGGUUCAGUAGUUUUGUAUUUUUCCAGUGAGUCAAUGUUGCGGCCAGAAUCAUCAUCAUGGGAGCGAGCUUCUCAAAAGCUUUAAAGCAUCAGGGAGAAUAUGUUACCAAUGAAAUGCUUGAAUGAAACCCUUUCUCAUUAAGUGCAGGGUGCUCUGAUGUAUGAAUGGAGGUCACUUGCACUAAAUGGAGAGUAAGCAUCGUCCCAUAUCAUUGGCCAAGAAAAGAAUAUCUCUAAAUAUGUAAUCAUAAAACAAGAAUGUAUUUUUUUCCCUUUUUGUUUUAAGUGAAGUUUUGUUGUAAGAUAUGGAAAGUAACUGCUGACUUUCAUGCAUGUCACACUGAAUCUGUUUUUGGUAAAGGAUGUGCAUUCUCACCAUGUCUCACAACAAGGAUUAUCUGUUUUGUUGUCAUUUGAAUGUGUUUAUUCCUCGACUAAACAACACUUCAGAGUGCAAAAGUCCUUCUUCCUUUGUCCGUCCAUUACUGAUCACUGUCUAGGAAUCAUCAUCAGAGCCACAAGUUGCGUGAUUUAAAGAUCCAGUGCAAAGAUAUUCCCAUUUGUCAAAUUUAUUGUAAAAGAAAGGGCAUAUAAAUCAUGAUGCAUCUGACUGAAAUGUGGUUUAAAGAUGAGAAAAAGUUAUGAAAUUUGUUCAGUUUAGACAUUAGUUUAAAACUGCUCAGUACAUAAUUGUUCACAGGCUUCCCACUGUCAUGAAAUUCUUGGAAAAGUUAUAUUAGAAAAAAUCUUUUCCAGGCCCAGAAAUGGUUUGGAACUAUUAAUGUUUUGGAAAUAAUUCAACCAUUGUCGUAAAGAGCAUAAAAAGAUGGCCAACAUUAUGCGAAAUAUGUUCCUGGUAUUACUAAUUUAAAAUGUGCUGCACUGUGUAACCAUUGAAAUAUUGCUAGUUACAUGUGAUACAUGGCGCAUGCAGCUUGUAGGGGGCUGAAGUGUCUCGUGCAAGUAAAGUCAGCAAGCACAGGCAGUUUACUUAUCCACAAAUGCUUGGGGAAGUGUGUGUUUAGGAAUUUAUGGCAUCCAAAUGACAAAUCUAAUAAAUUACUUGAGAGGCAGGCCAUAGCUGCACUGGAUUGGUGCAGCUAUGGCCUGGAUUUUGGACCAUUUCUCAUUUGUGUUUUGUUAAAGAUCAUUAGUCAUUGGAUGACAACAUUUGAGAUGUGUAUACACAUGAAUCAAAGAAGCGUGUUUUUUGUUAAAUAUGGUGAAAAAAAUUUAACUUUAAGCAUCUUUCAGAAAAUCAGGUGAACUUCCAAAAACCAAAUGUGUGCUAAUAUUUACAUUAGAUCUGCAAAUAUAACCAUUCCUAAUCGAAUUAAAAUUGUUGCACUGGGUCAUUAAAAUCAUGUGGCUCAUAAGUUGUGAGCCUGGCAUGUUUUCCAUCACAUACUUUGAAGGAAUACACACUUGUUGACUAAAGAUUUUGCCUUGAUUUACUUUUCCUUUGAGAAGAGAUUCUCUCCUUUUAAUAAAUGCAGCUGUUGUCAGUUAAACCUGAUAUCUGUGUGGAGAGACAGUUUUGUACAUUAUUUUUCUUUCUUAUACUGUGUCUAUGAAUGCGUGUGUAUGAAUUUUGAAAGUUGAGCGUGUGUCAGGGUCACGCAGUGUUGGUGUGAAGAUUUUAUAUGAACUGGAAUCAACUGUAAAUAAUGUUUGCCAAUUGUGAAUUAGAAAUUAAAUGCAAUGUAUGUUAACCAGGAGUCCACACACAACAAAACAUUCAAUAAAAACCUGUGUGUGAUCAUGACAUGCUAACAUGCACAAAGCCUCAUAAAAACACAAUGAAAUAAAACCUCUCACAGCUUC